UUUAACCAUAUAAAUGUGCUGAUAUAGCAUCUGUCAGUUGUUUACAUUAAAGAUUCUUAUGCAUGUAACCUGUUGCGUGCCUGCAAAUACCCAGGGUCCAAACAACAGAGUGCAAAAGUGCAGUUUUGCAUCAUCUUGGUACUUAUUAAACACGGACCAUCCACCACCUUCAUCACUCUGGUGAAACUGCAACCUCUCUGUGUCAGAGCCCAUGCUUGAAGUCACGUCUGUAUCCAUAUGAUCAACACAUUACAUCAUAUUGCAUCAUUUAGUACUGCUAAUAAUCCACUAAAAACAUGGCAAUGCCAAUUAUAUACUCCCCAGGAAGGUAAUUUUAUGCUACAGAUUUUUGAUUAAUUCAUUUGUUUUGAGAACCAACAGUCGAUCAAUCAUCAACCGGCUCUGUUUGUGUGUUAAAAACUGACAGAGUUUUAGUCCAUCAUUGGUCUCUCCCUGUGAAGAAGAGGUAAAAAACAUUUCUCAGUCCUUUACUCCAGAGCUGAAGUAUGACUCGUCGUGUGGCGGUGAUUGGAGGAGGGAGCUCAGGUCUGGCCUGCAUCAAGAGCUGUCUGGAUGAAGGUCUGGAGCCGGUCUGCUUCGAAAGCAGCGAUGACAUCGGUGGUCUGUGGAGGUUUAAGGAGAAUCCAGAGGCAGACAGGGCCAGCAUCUACCACUCUGUCAUCAUCAACACGUCCAAGGAGAUGAUGUGUUUCAGUGACUUUCCCAUCCCUGCACACUACCCCAACUACAUGCACAACUCCCUCAUCAUGGACUACUUUCGAAUGUUCGCCGACCACUUCCAGCUCACCAAACACAUACGCUUCAACACCAAAGUGUUGCAGGUGGAGCAGAGAUCAGAUUUUUCUCAUUCGGGCCAGUGGGACGUUGAGACAGAGAACAAGGAUGGCCAAAAGCAGAAACACAUUUUUGACGCUGUGAUGAUCUGUAUCGGACAUCACUGCCACCCAAACCUGCCACUGCACGACUUCCCAGGAAUCAACACUUUCAAGGGAAAGUACUUCCACAGCCGAGACUACAAGACUCCCGAGGAGUGGAGGAAUAAAAAGGUGGUGGUGAUUGGAAUAGGAAACUCUGGAGGAGACAUCGCAGUGGAGCUGAGCAGAGUCACCAAACAGGUGUAUCUAAGCACUCGGAGGGGAGCCUGGAUCUUAAAUCGAGUCGGAGAUGACGGUCUUCCCCGCGAUAUGCUCAACACCAGGUUGACUUUGUUUGUGCGGCAAAUCUUUCCCUUUGGAUUAAAGUGCAGUGUGGCUGAAAGAAAGCUCAACAAAAGAUUUGAUCACAGUCUGUACAACUUGAAGCCAAAGCACAGGUUGUUCAGCCAACAUCCCACAGCGAACGAUGAGCUUCCCAACCGCAUCCUAUCUGGAACGGUUCAGGUGAAACCCAACAUCCGCAGGUUUCAGGGGUCCAGUGUGGAGUUUGAUGAUGGAAGUGUUGUGGAAGAUGUCGACCUGGUGGUGUUUGCCACAGGUUACAGGUUUUCCUUUCCAUUCCUGGCCUCACAUGUGGUCUCGGUGACCGAGAACAAAGCCUCUCUGUACAAGUUCGUGUUUCCUCCUGAGUUGGAGCGCCCCACUCUGGCUAUCAUCGGUCUAGUGCAGCCGCUGGGAGCCAUUAUGCCCAUCUCUGAGAUGCAGGCCAGGUGGGCCACACGUGUCUUUAAAGGCAGCAUCAAGCUUCCAUCAGUGGCUUCCAUGCUAAAAGAUGUCCAGUGCAAACAGGAGACAAUGGCAAAAAGGUAUGUGUCCAGUCAGAGACACACCAUCCAGGUUGACUAUGUCGCCUACAUGGAUGAGAUAGCAGAGCUGGUGGGAGUUCGACCCAGCUUGCUGAGGCUGCUGCUGACUGAUCCCAGGCUGGGACUGAAUCUGAUGUUCGGCCCCGGUACUCCGUACCAGUACCGUCUCAGAGGACCAGGGAAGUGGGCCGGAGCCCGUCAGGCCAUCUUCACUCAGUGGGAGAGAGUGGCUCAACCCAUGCAGACCAGACCCUGUGAUGAUCCAGAACCCAAGAGAUCCUUUAAGUGGCCUCUGAUUCUGGCGGCUGCUGCUGUGGGCUCGGCCGCCGCCUACGUCAACAGGAACAACCUUCAGGCUUUCCUCCAGGAUCCCACUGCGCUGCUUGACAAGAUACAAAUUUACCAUCCUGCACAGUGAUCUGCAAGUCAUAUAAUCAAUAUAUAACAAUUAAAACAAUCUGAAUAGAUAAUGCUCAGCCAGCUGCCUUAAUGUAGACACAAAUUCUUGCUAAAUGCAACACAUUAAAACUGCAUUCAUUAAAAAACGCUUUAAUAAACAACAAUAUUUAAAGCUUUUUGUUCACUAAUGCAUCGACGCCCUUAUCAGUUAUUGUUAUAAUUAAAGUAUAUUGAAUAUUUCAAAGCUUCUAGUGGGUUUUUGUAUGAAGCUUCAGAUAUCCAUCGUCAAUCGGACUUAAAAAAAAAGAAAAGUAGGAUUUGAUCUCAUUUUGGAUAUAUAAAUGUAAUUAAUGGUGCUGUUAGAUUGCUGCUAGACGGACUGGCAAGCGGGAGAGCAAACACACGCAAUGUUAUUUUUGAAAGGCUAAACGCAAAUAAAUAUGGAUUGAAGCUGAAUAUUUCGUUAGAUAUGAGCACGAUGUGAAUUUUGGAAAUGAUUACUGUGAUUACUGCACCAUGACACCAUUUUCGCUGAGGCCUUCUGCAGCAUCGCAGUCUGAUAACAAAUUACUUGUUUUUCCAAACUGUCACUUCGCCUUCAACUCUCAGCUCUUUCUCUUAUCUUACAUCUGCUACUUUCUGUCCUGACUGUACUUUUCUGAGAAGAUAGCAAUUUUUUUUAUCUCAGACCUGCUACUUUACUCCAUUUUCUUCUCCUCCUAGCCUAUCUGUUUUCUCACAUGAUACAUUUAAUUCCCUUUUCCUGACUGUCUCUAUACGCCAACUCUCUCUGAAAUGUUGUUGAGUCUACAUAAGAUAAGAUAAGAUAAUCCUUUAUUAGUCCCGCAGCGGGGAAAUUUGCAGGCUUACAGCAGCAUAGAGUAAAGUGCACACAAGAGACAUAGUAAAGAAAGACAAGAUAAAAAUAAAAAAUGAAAAUAAAAAAAAAACAAGUAUUAUAAAUAAGCAAUAAAAACAGUAGAAAAACAACAAUAACUGAAAUAUAAUAUUUACAGACAGAAAAAAACUAUUUUAACUAUUAUUGCACAGUGUAAUGUAUUGCACAGGUUUUUAUUGUCAUGUUUGUAUUGUCAUGUGUCAUGUGGUCUGCUGGGAGCAGAGCUGGUUGUGCACACAUGCACAGAUGCUGUGUUUGUGUGUAAUCCCGAGCCGAGAAUCUUUACUGUGGUAUAUUCUCAGUUUGAAUAAAUCAAACAUAGGCAUAUUCGCUUUGAUUCAUCUCUUUAUUUCACUCCCCACAAGGAA